AGACGACGCAUUUUUAAGCGCAUGACAUUCAUAAUAACACUGUAGAAACUUAAAUCACAAUAAUUAAGAUUUUUGUGGUUAUAUGAGUUCGAGAGAAUGCAGCCAAUGCUGUAAAAGUUGGAACAUUUUGAAUCGCCAGAGUAAUACAUCUUUAAACCAGAGACAACCUUUGGGGACACUUCUCCUUCUGACGCGACUCUCCUGCUGGUUGUUGUCAGGAAUGAACACAGGCAUCUUCUCCUGGAUGGAAAUCACGGUAUCUUAAAGUUAAUGACACCUGACUCCUCUUUUUAAAAUGGAUAGUACAUCUGAACCUAAGUAAACUGGUUUUCUGGAGUAUUUCUUGGACACCAGCCUCAGACUGGAUGUCAGGAGAUGAGACACUGCAACCUAAGACCACAUCAUGAGUAUCCAGAGUCUGGGAGGAGCUAUAGGGGAGUCCCUGGGCUCUAGCCUGACAGUGCGUAUGAGUGGAGCAGGUGGUGGGUGGAGCAGUCUCUCCCUGAAACCUGUUUCCUCUGGAAGGAUAUCCUCAUUGUUCCAAACCAUGGUACCUACUGGGUAUACCAAGCUACAGGAGGAGAGACUGGCCAUGGUGGACCUUGGAGCCAAACCUGAGGCCAGCUCGCUUCAGAAUGGCUACCGACAAGAGGUGACUCACAUAGAAGGCAGACGGCUCCUGGACCGGGCUUCACGGUCCUCUGUGAGUUUAUCUGACUGUGGAGAUGGGGGCUACUCUGAAACAGAGCCCAUGCUGGCAGAAAGGAGGCUGUCUGGGGAGGAGGCAGAUGAGGAGGGGGAAGAGGAUGAAGAGGAGGGGUUGGGAUCUGCUGUGCAGAAUAUGCCCAAGGAGUCGCCACUGGCUAUGGCAUUGCAGAUACUGGUGCCUUUCCUGCUUGCGGGAUUUGGAACUGUAUCAGCUGGAAUGGUUCUAGAUAUUGUGCAGCAUUGGGAAGCGUUCCAGUACAUCACUGAAAUUUUCAUCCUGGUUCCUGCUCUGCUUGGCCUGAAGGGAAAUCUGGAGAUGACCCUGGCAUCAAGGCUGUCCACAGCGGUGAAUGUGGGGAAGAUGGAUUCUCCAAUAGAGAAGUGGAAUCUAAUCAUAGGCAACCUGGCACUGAAGCAGGUCCAGGCCACUGUGGUGGGUUUUUUGGCGGCUGUAGCAGCUGUUGUUCUUGGUUGGAUACCAGAGGGCAAGUUCCAGAUGAGCCACGCUGUGCUGCUCUGCUCCAGCAGCGUGGCUACAGCCUUCAUAGCCUCCCUGCUGCAGGGUAUCAUCAUGGUGGGUGUGAUUGUGGGUUCGAAGAAGACGGGCAUCAACCCAGACAAUGUUGCUACACCCAUUGCCGCAAGUUUUGGUGACCUCAUAACCUUGGCGAUCCUGGCCUGGAUAAGCCAGGGCCUCUACAAGUGCCUGGAUUCCUACCCAUAUGUGUCGUCACUGGUCUGCGCCUUCUUCAUGUGUCUGACUCCUCUGUGGAUCGUCAUCUCCUCCAAGCACCCGGCCAGCCGCACCCUGCUCUACUCCGGAUGGGAGCCAGUCAUCACUGCCAUGGUCAUCAGCAGCAUUGGUGGUCUCAUCCUGGACAAAACCGUGUCUGACCCGAAUCUGGCUGGCAUUGUAGUGUACACCCCAGUUAUCAACGGUAUUGGGGGUAACCUAGUGGCUAUCCAGUCCAGCAGGAUCUCCACUCACCUGCAUUUCCACUGUGCUCCUGGGGAGGUGCCCGAUGAGGCCAAAGGCUGCUACUAUCCCUGUCGCACAUUCUGCGGAACAGGAGCCAAUCAUCGAUCUGCCCAGGUGCUGUUCCUGUUGGUGAUCCCGGGUCACCUGAUCUUUCUUUACACCAUUCACCUGAUGAAGAGCGGUCACACCACUCUGACGCCCAUCUUCAUGUCCGUCUACCUGGCUGCUGCUAUGCUGCAGGUGUUGUUGUUGUUGUGCAUAGCUGAUUGGAUGGUUCACUCCAUGUGGCGCAGCGGCAAAGACCCAGACAGUUUCUCCAUCCCCUACCUGACAGCAUUGGGUGACCUGUUGGGCACUGCCCUGCUGGCGCUCAGCUUCCACUUCCUGUGGCUCAUAGGCGACCAAGACAGCGACGUGGGCGACUGAGGCGGCUUCUGACCGACUAUUUCACACGCCCCUCGGCUUUACGGGAAUGCGGGUGCUCUCUGUCACUUGCCAGCACAUUCCUCUGUUUCUCGAAACUUCACUUAAACCACAUGAGGGUUUGGAAAUCAUGACUAUUUUCUGCUCCUUUUUCUACACACAUGAAAGAUAAAAGACAUGAAGUCGAAUGCGUUUAGACUGUUAUAUCUGGAGAGAUUUUCUGCGUUGUUUGCACCAAAGCGCCUGCGUAUUAUCUGGCUGGUCUUGUUGAGCUGUGCAGGCAAAACACCAGCCCCCACCCACAACAGGAAGGAACCCCUGCUGCUUCUCACUGAUGAUCUCUGCCAUCAGUUGGAGAUCCUCUAUACUUUAAAACAGUCUCUUUGGCUGGCCGAUAUUUUUGGGGGGAUUUUUCACCCAAAGAGUUAUUUGUUACCUGCCUUGUUGUAUGUUGUUGUUUUGCAUCAACACUUCAGUGCAGGGAACGAAGACAAGAAAAUGUAGCUUGUUUCAGAUCUGCUGGUACAAGAGUUCAAAGGGAAAGACAUAAAAUAUUAUUGAUGGUCUAGAGUCAGCAUUUCUAUGGUGUCUACCUGUUUUUGUUUUGUUUCCCUGUGUCUUAACCCAGCGUGUGUUCAGUCUCUGUGAUAUGGUAUUUUACACACUUCUCUGCAAGGAUAAAGAUGGGAAAAUCUAUCACAAAUAUAAUUGUACACACUGGUUGUUCAAAGACAGUCUCAUAGUCGUUUUAUACUGUUUAAUGUGAAUAUAUAUGGGUUUUUUUUUUCUAGCCAUGUAACACGGCAUGGGAUCAAAGUCACAAUGUCGAACACACUUGAUCAUUCAGCAGAAUAUUGUGUGCAUGUAAAUGUAGCCGGUGGCUCUUUUCAACUCCAAUAUGUGCCUCUUGAGAUUCACUGGUUGACAAGGUACUCUCUCAGUCAUGCCAUUAAUGCAACCUUCUUUCUACUAUAUUGUAAUCCUGUGCAAUUGCUUUUUGUACUCACAAUAAUUGUAUUUUCUAAGAGUUUCAGUCCAAAAUGAGAUAUCACCACUAUCAUUAUAUUAUUUACAAACUAAAUGUCAGAUUGGUUCAAAGUGGAUGUAUAUUGUUUUAGAUUGAAACCCUUCAUUUUUUGCAUUUGCGGCUGAUUCGAGCCAAAAAUAGCAAAAUAAAUCCAGUGAUUCCAGUCCAGUGAUUGAAUAGCAUCUCAUUUCGGGUUGUUUUUGCUCAAGGGUUUUCGUUUACGCGCAGAUGUGCUCUCAUCCACAUGGGCACAUGGCGGUAGUCAUUACUGCAUUGUCGAGGAAAAAAGCCAUCACAGUGGUCUGAAAGCAGCAGAUGAAAGCUUAAGUAUUGAGCCAGGAAAGAAAAUACAAGUUAUGAUUGGAAUGAAGAGCGAAAAUCUUCAUUCCCCUCUAUUUGCUUGAAGUAAGCCCGAGAUAUAAACUGCGUUCUCAGAUGGUCUCCAUGACAACACGACCGGGCGAUGCUUAUCCUCUUCUCUUGACCCCGUUGUUUGGGAAAACAUGCAAUUCUGCACAGAUGUCACACUUAACGCCCACCUGCAACCACUACAGUAGCUCAUGCUUCCUUGCUGAAGUUGGCUUUGACUUGCUGCACAGCUCUUUGGGAAUGUAACGUUGCAAUAUUUUAGCAGGAGCAUACAAACCUGCUUGAAGUUCAAGUAAAAUGAGUUGUCAACUGGCUCUGUGGGUGCUCACUAAAUGAUUGAGACUGACUUUAAUGACUUUAAUGAUUCCUUUUGAUGCUGGUUCUCCACUAACGGGGUCUGGGUUAACACUGGAGGAUUUACUGGGUAGAAAUACUGUUGUUUUUCAAUCGAAAGCCAAAGUGUUCACAAUUAAAUAAAUGACUAUCAGCAUAUACAAACAAUUCUAUAAUGCCUAUGAACAUAACAGUUGUGAGAUGUUAUUUAGUACUGCUUUCAUAUCACUAUCAUGCAAUAUUAUCAGCCUAAACAACCAGAAACAGACCGUUAUCUAAUGAACAUAGUAGCUGCUGAAUAGACCAAUCAAAUCACCAGCUCUGCUCUACUUGUCUUGAUUGAACGAUAAAGACAAAGAUGAUGAUGUAAAGUCUCUCAGUAUGACAUUAACAGGCCAUUGUGUAGAAGCAUUCUGAAAUGAAACAUUUUGGAAGAAUACAGAAUUAAAUAAAAGUGAUUUGCAGAAAACAA